GUUCCUACGAACCCAACGGAAGAUGGAAGAGUAUUCUCUCUUUUUUUUUGGUCAGGGAAUUCAUAACAUCUCUGUCUUUGCACGGGAGAAUGGUGCCUUCCCGCCUACGAGCGCUUUUCUCGAGCUCUUACGUCAUAUCCUCCAUCAGACGACACCUACGUUCCUCUCUUCCCUGCUUGAGAAGCUUAUGAUCCUUCAAACCUCUCCCUUGUAUCUUAAGACCAGAUGCCUCUUAUGCCCCCGUAUCCUGUGGAGGGGUAAUCAUCCUUUCUCUCCAUUUCCGCCCCAUUCCGCCACACCUGCAAUCAUUCCUCCGAUCAUGCGCACACUCAUAUAUAAAAUGUCCGACCGAGCCAGAACCCAGGUCUUGCAACAGUCAUCGCGAUGUACUUCAGCACUGUAAUAUUCGUUCUUUUCGGCGCGGUAGCCCAAGUUGCCCUGGCGGAUGAAGUAUCGGAUGCUCUAAGCGCAACACCAACGGCUACGAUCGCGAGUGGGCGAAUCAUUGGUACGACGACAAGUAUCACUGGCCCAAGCGGCUCGGUGGCAGUGAACAAGUUCCUCGGUAUUCCGUACGCUGCUGCACCAACCGGAGAAGCACGCUUCACGCCGCCUCAGCCGCCCGCACAAUGGGAUACUCUUGAAACGAAGGACUUCGGCAACUCAUGCAUUCAAGUCUUCGCACCCCUCUCGAACCGACCCUUCGUGGAAGCCGUCUUUAACUACCCUCCACCUAAGAACGAAAGCGAAGACUGUCUUUACAUCAACGUCUUCGCGCCCAAGAAAGGAUGGGAUCUCGGCAGCCCGCCGUAUCCGGUUAUGUACUGGAUGUACGGUGGGGCGUGGAAGUUUGGGAAUGCCGGGCAGUCGAUGUAUGAUGGGAGUCAUUUUGCGGCGCUGGAGGAUGUUGUUCUUGUGAGCGUGAAUUAUCGGACGAACGUAUUCGGUCUUCCCAUCUCACCGGCUAUAACGAACUUGACAGAUCGCAAUCUCGCUCUCCUGGAUCAACGCGCCGGCCUCCAAUGGGUGCAAGACAACAUCCACCACUUCGGCGGCGACAAAUCGCGCGUCACCAUCUUCGGCGAAUCAGCCGGCGCCUAUGCCACCGACGUCCUCAUCACCAGCUACGCUCCCAGCGCACCCCGUCCCUUCCAAGCCGGCAUCAUGGAGAGCGGUACCUAUGCCUAUCUCCCCAUCCCCAACUGCAACAACAGCGACUACCUUGCUUGGAACACGCUCAUCGCAGCCUUGAACUGCACCGCCGGCGAUGCCACUGCCCAGUUCAACUGCGUCAAGUAUAACCGGACCCACGACGAUAUAAAACUCGCACAGGAAAACGUUACAACGAUCUACAACACGACGAUCACGUUCUCGCACGCAUGCGACAACAUAACUCAUGUCUCAGACCCGCGGACGCGGCUCGAGAACAACAAUGUCGCCGAUGUGCCCGUCGUUCUGGGGACGAACACCGCCGACGGAAGCUUCUACACGAUUCAGUAUGUGUUCAAUACGGCGCGGUAUCUGCAGGAUUAUUUUGGCAAUAAUGAGACGCUGAAGAAUGCGAUUCUGAACGAGUACCCGCUGAAUGAAGAAGGAAGGAGUGACGAGCAGUAUCGCAUGCAGCAGAUUCAUACGGAUUGGUUUUUUCAUUGUCCAACCGUAUGGUACGCCCAAACCUCCACCCAGUUCAAACCCACCUACCGCUACCUCUUCAACGCCACCUUCAACAACACCCGCGUCCAAUGGGCACUCUGGCCCGUCGAGUACCAAGGCGCAUAUCACUCCUCCGAGAUCCCGAUCGUCUUCACCAACCUCAACACGACAAUUGCGCCCAACGACGCCGGCGAAGUGGACCUUUCGAACGCGAUGAGGGGCGCGUGGGCGCACUUCGCCAGAGAUCCUACGACGGCCCCGAUAGGCACCUGGCCGAGAGUUGGCGCUGCGGCGGAUGGGAGGGAUGUCAUGAGCUUUGGGACGGAUACAAAGGGCAUGUAUGGCCCGGUGAACGAUAGUAAUCAUUGUCAGUUUUGGGCCGAUCACGGGUUUCGGACGAGGCAUCUGUGAGUGAGAGACUGCGAUACAAAGGGCUACUUAUAGAUGAUGGGGAAGCAUUUCAACCUAGCGCGAGUUGGCACCACUGAGAAAUACAACUUACAGCAGAGAAGAGACACGGAUAGUCGUG